AAAUAAAAAAAGGAGCCUUCGAUACUGGGGCGCGUGCAUUGCAUUUAUAUGUUGAUGGCACUUGCAUAAUUAUAUAGCCAACUUCAAGAAAUGGGUAGCAUCAUAGCGACAAAUUAAGCCACACAUAUAUAUAAUACUAAUCCAUUGCAGAAGAAGAAGAAAAAAUCCAUUUUGGGUAUUUUUAAACGAGCUAUUUUGACCCAGAAGAAAGACAAUCUUUUGGUUGAAAGGUGUGGGAAGGCAUGUCUCUUGAAAGGGUUGACAAAUUGGAUUACAUGGCGGAUGACCAAGAGGGGACUGAUUCAUCUGAUGAAUUUGAGGGGGAAUUAGAUACUGAGGAGACAAACCUUGAUGACGAUGACAUGCCAACAAAAGUGACUGAUACAUCAGCUUCACAAGCAAGAAAAGGGAAGGAUAUACAAGGUAUCACAUGGGAGGGAUUGAAUGUAACCAGGCAAAGCUACAGAUUGACAAGGCUUGAACAGUACAGAAAUUAUGAGAACAUCCCUUUGUCAGGGGAAGCUGUGGAUAAGGAAUGCAAACAAGUGGAGAAGGGUGGUAACUACUAUGAUUUCUUUUUCAAUGCAAGAGCUGUGAAGCCUACGAUACUCCAUUUUCAGCUAAGAAACUUGGUAUGGGCAACUUCAAAACAUGAUGUGUAUUUGAUUUCAAACGAUUCACUUAUGCAUUGGUCAUCAAUUUCCCGCAACCUCUCAGAAGUUCUCAACUUCUCUGGACGUAUAGUACCGACAGAGAAAUAUGCAGGAAAUUUGUUAGAGGGUCUGACACUGACCCAAAUCAGUACGAUGGCGGUGAAGAACCGUUUUGUGGUUGCUGGAGGCUUCCAAGGAGAACUCAUUUGUAAGAGUUUGGACAUGCCAGGGGUUAGCUUCUGUGCAAGGACCACUUAUGAGGAUAAUGCUAUCACAAAUGCCGUUGAGAUAUAUGAAAGCAUCAGUUGUGGGCCUCGUUUUAUGGCAGCCAACAACGACUGUGGUGUGAGGGUGUACGACAUGGAAAAAUUUCAGCAAACGAAUCACUUCCGCUUCCCUUGGCCAGUGAAUCACACCUCAAUGAGCCCAGAUUGCAAGCUUUUUACUGUUGUUGGGGAUGAUCUAGAUGGUUUACUUGUUGAUUCCCGCAAUGGAAAGACGGUGGCUUCAAUUGUUGGUCAUUUAGACUACUCUUUUGCUUGUGCGUGGCAUCCAGAUGGCCGUACAUUCGCCACUGGGAAUCAAGAUAAGACGUGUCGAAUUUGGGACUUGAGAAACUUAUCCUCGUCUACAGCCAUUCUGAAGGGAAACAUCGGUGCUGCUCGAUCUAUCCGUUUCUCAUCCGAUGGACAGUUCCUAGUAGUGGCUGAACCUGCAGAUUUUGUCCAUAUCUACAGUACCGAGUCAGACUACAAGAAACGUCAGGAAAUUGAUCUUUUCGGUGAGAUAUCAGGGGUAUCUCUGAGUCCAGACGAUGAAUCUCUUUACAUUGGAAUCUGGGAUCGAACAUACGGAAGCUUGCUAGAAUACAACAGAAGACGUACUUGUAGAUAUCAUGAUUCGUUUGCGUAAGUUACAACCCUUUAGGACAAAGUUCAACAGUUCAUUCACAUUGAGCCCCAAUAUUUUUGCAUAAAUUCGUCCGAUUAAUUCAUGGCAUUAUGGUAUCAGUUCUUGAUCUUAGCAUACUAUGUACAGUUACACCUUGAGAUUAAGCUUUGUUUCUGGUUAUAUACAACCUAUCUGAUGUACCAUUUUGCU